AUGACAGCUGUCACUUUGGGUAACUAUCGCCUUCUCUCCCCAGGCCCAGACUGGUACCUGAACAAGGUGAAGCUGAAGAUUGCAGAUGUCAAUGACAACGUUCCUGAGUGGACCAUGAGGCCGUACCCUUACCUUACUGUGGUGUCACCAGAGGCUGCCACAGGGACUUUCGUCUACCAGCUGCAGGCACACGACGGAGACGAGGGGCGGAGCGGGGAACUGGAAUACUUCUUAUCUGAUGGCGGUGACGGCUGCUUUGUAGUGGACAAGAAGACAGGCCAGGUGGCGACCACGGGGCUGGUACUUCAGAGAGACAGGGAGUACUUGUUAAGCGUGGUGGCCCUUGACGGCAUGGGCAGCCGCAGUGCCCCCGCCAUGCUCUCGGUGGUGGCAGGAGCUCGGCCACCGCAGUUCACUAACACCAGCUUUGUCAUCUCCAUACCCGAAAACACGCCGGAAGGACAACCAUUCAUGGCGGUGGUUGCAGUUUCCUUCCAAAAACAGCCCAUCAGCUACAGCCUCUUGAUCAAUCCCAGCAGCCUUUUCAGCAUUAGGCAGGAGACGGGGGAGAUCAGCUUGACAAGGACUCUCGAUUAUGAAAGCGAUCAGAGGAGAUACCUUCUGAUGGUGCGAGCCAGCGAGGAGCCAGGGAGCCUAAGCACGGCCACAGAGGUCCAGGUGUUGGUAACGGAUGAGAACGACUGUGUCCCGGAGUUCCUACAGUCCAUCUACAGCGUGGAUGGUGUCCCCGAGACGGUAACCACGGCAACGUCUCUGCUCCAGGUGUUGGCCACGGACUGCGACUCGGGGUUAAACGCGGAGCUCACUUACUACACUCUCAGCCCGGACUUCAGCAUCUCGCCUCAUGGGACGCUCUUUCCCGCCGGCCGGCUGGACUACGAGAGGCCAAACCAUCUGUACGAGUUUGUGGUGAUGGCGGUGGACAGCGGGGACGAGCCCCAUUCUGGCACAGCGACAGUGCGAGUGCGAAUGGCCAAUGUCAACGAUGAAGCCCCAGAGUUCUCCCAACCAGUAUAUCGAACGUUUGUCUCAGAAGAUGCUGGUCCCAACACUCUUGUUGCAACAGUCCUGGCCAAAGACCCAGAUGGCGAUGGUAUAAUCUACUCCAUAACAGCGGGAAAUGAGGAGGGAAAUUUCAUCAUCGACAGCCAGAAAGGGUUGAUUCGCCUCCGCUCCAGUCCUCUUCCAAAGCUUCAAGGCCUCGAGUAUGUGCUGAAUGUAACUGCCACGGAUGACAACGCAUCAGGCGGCCCACUCUCGCUCUCCUCCGCGGCCCGUGUCAUCGUCGGCGUGGAUGAUGUCAACAACAACAAACCCGUUUUUGAAGAGUGCCAAAAGUAUCGUGAGCAGGCCGCUGUGCUUGAGAACCAGCCAACAGGGACGUUUGUGUUGCAAGUGCACGCCGUGGAUGCAGAUGAGGGAGCAAAUGGAAAAGUCAAAUAUGGCUUAAUGCACAGAGACAGUGCUAUGGCUGCCUUCAGAAUCAACCCAGAAACAGGAGAGAUCGUGACAGCCAGACGUUUUGACAGGGAGCGCCAGAGAGAAUAUUCAAUUACAGUAACCGCCACGGACUGGGCCGAGGAGCCGCUCAUCGGGAUCUGCACUCUCACCAUCCAAAUCAUGGACCAGAAUGAUAAUAGCCCCAAGUUUGAGAAUCUGCGCUACGAGUACUUCCUGAGAGAGGACACGUUGGUGGGGACGAGCUUCUUGCGCGUGGCUGCCCAUGAUGAUGACUUCGGCCUGCACGCUGCCAUCACUUACAGCAUGUCCGCGGAGCAGCCGGAGUACCUGCAGGUCAACCCCGUGACGGGCUGGGUGUUUGUGAAGCAGCCCAUCUCUCAGAGGGCCUACAUCACCAGAGAAAUCAUCGCCACAGACGGGGGAAACCGCAGCUCGACGGUGGAGUUGGCUGUUACUAUUACCAACGUAAAGAACCAGCCUCCUCAGUGGGAGCAGGACAGUUUUUAUGUGACCAUCCCUGAGAACACAGCCAGAGACACCCCUAUAGCGACCAUCAAGGCAACCUCUCAGCUCGGAGACCCGCGCGUGACCUACAACUUGGAAGACGGGAUGGUACCAGAAACUAAUAUGCCGGUUCGUUUUUACCUCUCCCCAAACCGAGAAGACGGGUCAGCCUCCAUUUUGGUGUCAGAACCGCUGGAUUAUGAGACUACGCCAUUUUUCUCUCUGCGAGUUCGAGCCCAGAACGUGGCUGCGGUGCCUCUUGCUGCUUUCUCCACUGUUUAUGUCAACAUCACAGACGUGAAUGACAAUGUGCCGUUUUUCACAUCCUCCAUCUACGAGGCCUCGGUGACAGAAGGGGCGCAGAUAGGAACGUCGGUGCUGCAGGUGUCUGCCUUUGACAAAGACCUGGGUCUGAACGGAGAGAUCACUUACACUUUACUGAGUGACAGCAGUGGGGACCACAGCCUGUUCCGUAUGGACCCUGUUCUGGGGGUCAUCUACACUGAGGCAGUGUUUGACCGUGAGGCACGUGGCUCCUACCUCCUGGAGGUUCAGUCUGAGGAUGGACAGGAGUCUGCACGCCCCGGGAAGAACAAGCAGCCCAAUUCAGACACAGCGUAUGUUCGGGUUUUCAUCAGCGACGUCAACGACAACAAACCGCUCUUCGCUCAGAGGCUGUACGAAGUUGCCGUCGACGAGAAUGCAGAUGUGGGCUUGACUGUUGUCACCGUGAGCGCUAAUGACGAGGAUGAAGGAGCCAAUGCCAAGCUGCGCUACCAGAUAACGUCCGGGAACAAAGGUGGCGUUUUUGACAUGGAGCCAGAAGUGGGCACCAUCUUUAUCGCGCAGCCCCUGGACUACGAGCAGCAGAAGAGGUACAAGCUGCUGGUGCUGGCCUCCGACGGCAAGUGGGAGGACUACGCGGCCGUGGUGGUGACCGUGGUUAAUAAGAACGACGAGGCGCCCGUGUUCUCGAUGAAUGAGUACUACGGCUCAGUCACGGAGCAGCUCGACGGGUCACCGGUGUUUGUGCUGCAGGUGACGGCAACUGACCCAGACAAAGACGCCGAUCAGGGGGCCAUCCGCUACUCGAUCCACGGCCAAGGGGCUGAGUCACACUUCAUGAUCAAUGACCUGACGGGGGAGAUGUACGCCCAACGCACCAUGGACAGGGAGGAGCGUGCUGUGUGGCGCUUCGUAGUCAUGGCGACUGAUGAAGAAGGCGAGGGUCUUACGGGCUUCACUGAUGUUAUAAUCAAUGUGUGGGACAUCAAUGACAACGUUCCCGCCUUCUCCUGCGCGCCUGAUAAUUGUCACGCUAGCCUACCGGAGAAUUCCCCUCCCGGAACAUUUGUUGUGGAAAUGACAGCUGUGGAUCUUGACGAUGCAGCUGUUGGGCAAAAUGCCAUCUUGACGUACAGGAUUACUGACAAUGCUUAUAAUGCAAAGGGCGUACAACUGUUUUCCAUGGAUUCUAGCACCGGGACGAUAUCGGUUUCGGCUGAAGGCUUGGACAGAGAGACUGUUGAAAGCCACCUCUUGGUCGUGGAGGCCAGAGACGGUGGAGGUUUGUCGGGCACAACCACUGUUACUAUAUCGGUCUCGGAUAUCAACGAUCACGCGCCAAGAUUUAAAGAGGACUGGUGCGGUGCCCGGAUACCAGAGAGCGCCAGUGUUGAUGCUUCAAUCCUGGACUUGAACGCUCUGGACCCUGACGCAGGCACUUAUGGGCAGGUUGCUUUUAGCAUUGUGGCUGGAGACCCGGAGCAAAAGUUCUACAUGGUUAGCCACAGAUUGGAGAAGACAGGCACGCUUAGGUUGAAGAAGAGUGUUGACUUCGAGAAGGCGGGAGAUCAGAGGUUCAAUCUGUCUAUCAAGGUGGAGGAUUCGGACUUUUCCAGCUUCAUUCACUGCGUGGUUCUAGUGGAGGAUGAAAACGAUAAUGCUCCGGUUUUCGACCCCGUCUCUCACCUGCUCUCACCGAUACGAGAGGAUGUAGCUAUUGGCACUAGCGUUAUUCAAGUUGCAGCCUCCGACUUGGACUCAGGCCUGAACGGAGACAUUUAUUACAGUAUUCUCCACAGGUCCGACCCAUAUGGGCAUUUCUCAGUCAACCGAGCUGGUGUGGUCACAGUGACUAGGCCGCUGGAUAGGGAGGAGGCGGCUGGAUACGAUCUGGUUGUAAUGGCGAUAGAUCGGGGAACCCCAGACUUGACUGGCAGCGCCACGGUCCACUUGCAGCUGCUGGACAUGAAUGACAACGGGCCAGAGAUGGAGACAGACUACGCACCCGUGUUGUGGGAGAACAGCCCUGCUCCUCAAGUGGUCUGGCUCAACAGCAGCACCAAUCUGCUCUACGUGAUGGACCGGGAUUCGGCGGAGCAUGGGCCUCCUUUCUCAAUCACCUUACCCCCGCAUUACUCCAGCGACUUCAACCUCCAGGAUCACGGCAACGGCUCUGCCACGCUCACCGCCCUGCGCAGAUUCGACAGGGAAAGGCAGAGGGAGUUUCAUUUGCCUGUCAUUAUGAUUGACAGCGGCCGUCCUCCAAUGACAUCCACAAGCACCCUCACCAUCACCAUAGGAGACCAGAAUGAUAACGCGCAUCAAGCCGGGGAGAAAGAUGUUUAUGUGCACUGCCGCAAGGGGAACAUGGCGAAUGCAGCGCUAGGCAAGGUAUAUGCCCCAGAUCCGGAUGACUGGGACAACAAGACCUAUACACUGGAGGCAAGCGCGGCCAAGUACUUCAGUCUGAACCAGAGCAGUGGAGAGCUGACCCUGCGACAGAGCACUCCCGUGGGCAGCUACUGGCUCAAAGUGGGGGUGUCUGAUAGGGUAUGGCCUGAUGUGAUGUCUGGGGUCAGGGUACACAUCAGGGAGCUGGAGGAAAAGGCUAUCCAGUCGUCUGCCUCACUGCAACUGUCAGGCAUUACAGCAAGAGAUUUUAUCGACUCCCAUGUCGAAGGGAAGAGCAGGCUGGAAAUGCUCUGGGACUUCCUGUCUGAAGCACUGUCCGUCAGAGCAGCAAGCGUCAACAUUUACAGCAUCGUGGACAGAGGGGAGAAAGUGGUGGACAUUCACUUCUAUGUGCUGAAUGACCAGAGCUACAUCCGCCCAGAGAAACUGCAUGCUGUUCUGGCUGCAAAUAAAAAAAAGCUGCAGUCUCUCCUCCGCGUGGGUCUGAAGCAAGUACAGGUGGACGAGUGCCUUCACGCCAACUGCAGAUCCUCCGGCGGCUGCUCCACCGUCCUCGCCGUCCACAACUCCCCCACCACGGUCGACUCGGGCGCUCUCUCCCUGGUCUCCGUCACCGUGUCCACCUCAGCCGUGUGUGGUUGUACGGCCAGGGACACCAACCACCGAGCCUGCUCCUCCUACCCCACCAACCCCUGCCUCAACGGUGGAACCUGCGUCAACACCCAAAAUGGAUACAGGUGCCACUGCCCCCCGCUGCUGGAGGGGCCUGACUGUCAGCAGACGAGACUUAGUUUCCUUGGCAACGGCUAUGCCUGGUUUCCCCCUAUAAGGCCGUGCUUUGAUAGUCAUCUUUCAGUGGAGUUUAUGACAGAAGAGGAUGACGGUCUGCUGCUGUACACGGGCCCGCUGGCCACGCUGCUGCCGGGAGAUGGCGAGGACUACAUGGCCAUAGAGCUAAUUGCCGGGUCGCCCACCCUGAAAAUCAAUCACGGCUCUGGAACUCUGGUUCUCCAAUUAACAAAAAACGUAGCAGACAGAAAGUGGCACCGCCUUGACGUCCGGAGUAACAGUAAAGAAGUUCGCUUCACUCUGGAUCGAUGUUCCAGUGCGAUCGUCAUGGAGACGGAAGGUGUGGACUCGUGGGCCAUGACAGAGGACCGUUCAUCGUGCGAAAUCCGAGGGGUGACGCCCAACAGAGACAAGUAUUUGAAUGGAAGUCAUGUCCUGCAGCUCGGAGGCGUCAACGAGAACAUAACGUAUGAAUACCCGCAGCUACAGUACAAGCACUUCAGCGGGUGUGUUCGGAACGUGCGCGUGGAUAGCCAGCUCUAUGACCUUGGCUCUGCAGCUGAAUCUGCCAACACUUUACCAGCCUGCUCUCUUGACGAUGACCAUUGUAAUGACAAGGAGCCUCUUCCCUCGUGUGGCAGCAGGGGCCGCUGUAAUGGCGAACGGAGCCCUUUCAGCUGCCUGUGUGAGGCGGGACUCUCCGGAGCGCAGUGCGAAAAAGCAGCUCCAGAGUUCUCCUUUGAUGGACGUAGUCACAUUCAGUUCCAGUUUCUGUGGUCGCUCCCAGCCAGACAGACUCAUGUCCAGGUGGGGGUCCGGACGCGAGGCUCCUCAGGUGUAAUCCUCAGCCUGCUCUCCCAGGAGCAGAACGAAUACCUGCGUCUGGAGGUUACCCAAGGUCUGCUGGCUGUUUUCUACAACCUCGGGGACGGAGACUACAACGUGACUCUCCAUUCGUUUCGCCUUAAUAACGGCGAGUGGCAUGAGGUGGAGCUGGAGCGCUUCGGCCGCGAGUUCAGUCUGCGCGUGGACGGCGGCGGGGGGAGGCGCGAGGUCACGGCGUCUCCGGGACGCAGCCACGAGAUCAUUAUCGACCAAGCGGCGGUGAUGCUCGGCAACUCCUUCCCGUCAGGACACAACCGCAGCUUCAUUGGCUGUUUGCGGGAUCUGAGGUUUAAUGGGCGCCCUGUUCUGCUGGACGUGGAGCGACCCGCCGAAGGACUUGUGGUGGUGGCUUCUCAGGGCGUCUCCCCCGGCUGCUCCUCCGACGCCUGCAGGAGACACCAGUGCUCCGCUCCCCUGGUCUGUGUGGACCUCUGGAGACAUCACGAGUGCAGAUGCCCUCCCGGACACCUGACCAAGGAGAGCUCGGUGGGCAAAGUCUGCGUCUACACCCUGUGCGCCAGCCGCCCCUGUCGCCACGGCACUUGCGUCCCUCACUCGCCCUCCCGCUACUCCUGCCACUGCACCCAGGGCUACCGCGGGCGCCACUGCGAAGUCACGCUCGCCCUGUUCCACGCCGACGGCAACAGCCUCAGCCUCAGCUCCAUGUUCGCCAUUAGCAUCUGCGUCUUGGCUUUCCUGGUGCUGAUGCUCGGCCUGUUCCUGUACUCGUGCUGGAGGAGACACAAGGGGCUUAAGGAGGGGGUGUACCAUGUGUCCGCGCACCAUGGCGAGUGGGAGGACAUCCGGGAGAAUGUGCUGAACUACGACGAGGAGGGCGGAGGAGAGCAGGAUCAGAACGCCUUCAACAUGGUGGAGCUCCAGCGUUCCCUCCAGGCCAGCCCCGCCCAGUCUCUCCGCUACAGCUACCCACAAACCGUCAUAUCCUACCCCAACUCCAAACAACCCCAGGACAACAACAACAAGAAGACUCUCCCAAACGGGAACGGUAACGCCGCCAUUGCCUUGCGUCUCGCCAUGCCCCCCUCAGAGACAGAGACCAUCCCGUCGCCUCUGACUUUCCGACGUUCCCAAAAGACUCUGUCCUUCUCAAGCCAGGACUUGGCCCGCUACCUGUGCGAGGUGAUCAGGGACAUGGAUCACCCGGAGGAGCUGGGGACCAUGACCACGCCCCGCCGACCCAAAGGGAAGGAGAGGGGCCUGGCCGCGGUGCGCUCGCUCAGCUCUCUCAGCGCGUCCUCUCAGGGUCCAGAGGUGAAGCUGCAGACUGGUCGCACGGACAGGUUUAAAACGCUCAAAGCCGUGGUGAGCGAUUUCAGAGGAGGGGGGGGAGAAUCUCGGAGCUCGGAGGCCCAGCGAGACAGGGCCAAAGAGAGCAGAGGGCAAGUCAACUGUGAGAAGAGCGGCUGA